AUGCGAUUCCCCAGAGGGGGUACGGCGGCCGGAGGACGUAUUGAACGCGCCAAAAUAUACGUUAUCCCAUUCACAGAUCACUCUGGGCAAGAAGCGCUUAUGGUGUUCCGUGGCGUGGUGUCCUGCCCGCUCCCACCGCUUUACAGUUUCGCCAUCUACUUCACACAUCCCGAAGUGACCCCAGAGACUGUCAAGCCGGCCGAGGUUCUCGAAGCUAUCAUGCGCAAAACGCCGUGGGACCCGUGUCCGAUCCGUCUGGAACUCUACUUUCUUUCUGCGCCCGACGUGGAUGGCAGUGAUAACGACUGUAUCGCUCAUUAUCGCAAAGAGAAGGCCGCACGGGGAGAUUAUAUACGUCACAUUCAAGAUCUCGAGAACUCAGCCACGGAUGAUGAUGAAGAGCAGCAGCAAGGCGGAGCGAGCGUUCAUGGCAACGACCAAGCCAGACAAGUACCUGGUCUAGUGCCUAGCUACAUCGAUAGUCCAUUUUCUGACUAUUAUCACGGAAUCAUCUUCCGUUAUCCACGCGCGGAUUGGUCUACGGACAAGCGUCCAGCACGCCGCAUUUGUUUUGAUCGAAUUUCCGAGGAGGAAUAUGCUCGCGCAACAGAGGGAAACGAUGAGUUUCAUCGUCUUCCUCCGGUACACGUUUCUCCUAUGCCGUUCCAGGAGAGCGACACUACUUAUCUAGGAGAGACAUUUGUGGGCAUGGCUAUGUUUGACGUUGCACAUGCAAGAGUGAAAAACGAGACUGGUCACUGGUGGCACGAAGCGCGGGAGCGAGGCUGGAAGUCAUGGUGA